AUGGCUGAGUUCCCUGAGAGCAGUGGUCUCCUUUCUCCCUUCCAGGCUGCCCUCCUCCGCGCUGUGCUUCGGCGGCCCGGCCCGGCCCUGUGGAGAAGGCCUGUCUGCGGGCUGUGGUGCCGCACAGCCACCGGCCGGGAUCCGGGGAGGUGGGUGGGGAGCGGGUGCCCCGCCCCGAAGGAGAAAGCGGCAGGUGCGGAGACAGAGAACUUCCAGAUGGUCUACCGGUUUGACGCCAUCAGAGCCUUCGGGUACUUGUCUCGGCUGAAGGUGGCACAGACGGCCCUCACGGUGCUGGCCCUCCCGCCUGGCUGCUACUGGUACUUGCAGGGCUUCGUGACGCUCGGCUCCCUGUGUGUCGCGGGCGGGGUGGCUGGCUUUGCCCUGGCCAUGCUCUGCUGGAUGAGCUAUUUCUUCCGGAGGCUGGUGGGCAUCCUGUAUGUGAACGAGGCGGGCACUGUGCUGCGGGUGGCGCACCUGACCUUCUGGGGCCAGCGGCAGGACACAGACUGCCCCGUGGCCGACGUGAUCCCCAUGACGGAAACCAAGGACCGGGCCCAGGAGCUGUUUGUGCGUAUCCAGCAGUACAGUGGGAAGCAGACCUUCUACCUCACCCUUCGCUACGGACGCAUCGUGGACAGAGAGCGUUUUGCGCAGGUGUUUGGGACGCUGGACUCCCUCAAGUGA